AUGGGUUUGAUUUUUCUCGUGUAUACGUUGAUGCCGACGCACUCGCAUUUGCACCGACACCAUCAGUUGGAUUUCGCGAACGUGCACCCGCACGGGAACGAGUUUUCCUCGUCUAUAUCUUCUCGCGAAAGUAGGAAGAAUAUCGAAAGAAGAGGAGGAAAUUCGGCGGCAAAUUGGGCGAGAGAGCGAGCGCAUCGAGAGUCGGAUGAGUAUUUAACGUCGUCGUCGUCUGAAUCGUCUUCGGGCGGCGCGGUUGGAGAAGAACCGUCGAGUUUACACACGGCGCACGAAGAAGAAGAGGAUGUUCACGUGCGCGUACACGUCGGUGGAGAAGAAGAAGGAGGCGACGAGAGAGAAGAACGCAAAGGAAAGGAAGGCGACGGGUAUAAAUACGCCAUCGUGUUUGAUGCGGGGAGUACCGGGUCGAGAGUGCACAUUUUUAGAUUCGAACAAGAUACCGGAAAGUUAGUAGACGAUACGUUUGAGCAGUUGAAACCCGGAUUGUCUUCGUACGCGGACGAACCGGAUAAAGCCGGGGCAUCUUUGCAGCCGCUGUUGGAGAAAGCGAUGGAAACUAUUCCAGAAGGCCAAAGAGCGGAAACGCCGGUGGAAGUGAGAGCGACCGCCGGGUUGAGGUUGUUAAAGCCGCAAACAAAAUCCGAUGAUUUGUUGGAAAGCGUGAGAGAAACGCUGAAGACGUAUCCGUUUGCGUUCGACACCGAGAGAGACGUUUCCAUCAUGGGAGGCGAAGACGAAGGCGCGUUUCAGUGGUUGGCGUUGAACUAUUUAUUGAACAGAUUGGAAGGCGGAAGCGAUAAAAAGAGUAAUAAAAAGAAAAGUAGUCAUAGUCAUGAAGAAGGAAUUACCGUCGCGGCGAUCGAUUUAGGCGGCGGAUCUGUCCAGCUCGCGCACGCCAUGGACGAGAAAGUCGCGAAGAGGGCGCCAAAAGGGUACUCAAAAUCCAUCUCGUUUCCAGGGGCGAAGAAACCGUUCGAAGUGUACGUGAAAUCGCACUUAGGUUACGGGUUAAUGGCUGCCAGAGCGGCGACGUUGAAGGAAGCGAACGGUAUGUCUAGCCCAUGCUUACCGAAAGGAUCUGACCCGAAAUACAUAUACUCGGGCGAAGAAAUCGUCGCCGCCGGCCACGAGGAGAAGAAUUCAGACUACGCCGCGUGCAAAGAACACGUGGAAAGUAUGUUAAAGUUAGACACUUCGUGCGAAGUUGACGACGAGUGUUCGUUUAACGGCGCAUGGGGUGGCGAUUUCAACUCGCAACACGCGAAAGAGGUGUAUUUAUCGUCGUACAUGUGGGACCGCGCGAUAAACGCAAAGUUGAUUCCACAAGACGCCAUCGACGGCGAGUUGACCAUCGACGAGAUCGAAGACGCGGCUAAGCUCGCGUGCGAUACCAUGGGCGAUGAAAGUGAAAUAUUGACUAACUUUGAAGGCGUCGAAGAGAAAGAUGCGGCGUUUCUCUGCACAGAUUUAACGUACAUCGUUGGUUUGUUAGAGAAAGGAUUCGAAAAGAACGAUUGGAAGAGCGUACGAUUGGUGAAACAAAUAGAGUAUCGAGGACAAAACGUCGAAGUCGCGUGGGCCUUAGGUGCUGCGCUUAAUGCUUUAGCUUCCUCUUCGUAA